CGACAGUCCCCAAAAUUCCUGUCAUUCCCAUUGCUGAUUAUACACCAAGUCGUGCUUGCCAGCCUCCAUGACGUCCUCGACGACGACUGCUACUACUACUCUCUUCGUGCUCCUUCUUUGCGCACCCGCGCUCUCCCGAGCGGAUUAUCCUGACCAGGUCCGGACCCCGAGCCCUCUCUGGCGACGCGCUUCAAGUUCAAGUCCCCCAAGAUCGGUGCCCCCCGCUGGUUUCUACAACCCCAAUGACUCUGGAGGAAAGAUGCUGACGGUCGCACCCAACACGGGUGGACUCGGAGAGCCGCUCAAUAUCAUCGUUUCCGGAAAUUCUGACGAGACGGUGCUCGUUGAUUCUGAGGAUAAUGGGGGCUUCCGGAAUUACAUGAUCUCAGUUGGGUUCGCGGCAGAGUGUCUUGGACAGCACGAAGGGGAUGCACAGACGGCGAACCUUGGGGACGGCAAUGGACAGCUGAAUGAGACUUCGGAGCUGCGCUGGGACUAUGGCGACCCCCAACUAGGAACGUGUCAGGAGACCAUAGACGGCGGUAACCAUUUCCGGUACUGGAUCCAAGAUGGGCCUAGUGCGAACAGUGGCGCGUUCUUUUUGGCCACCUCUUACGAGUUGCCUAUUCAGACGGGUCAUGAUAUUUUAUUCGAUGGAUACAACCUUGGCCGCGACUGGCUUGUUGGGAAUGCUACAGCUCAGUCAUCGAUAAUCCCUACAGCCAACCUCACGAACGGUACAACAUUCUCCGGCCAGACCUCGUUUGGUGGCUACACCUACAGUACCGACGCACUCUACUUAUCUGGGAUCUUGUCGAAUUCUACCGAUGGCCUGAAUCACGCGUCCUCCGUUGGGGGAAAUGGGGUUGAGGCCCUUGAUGGACUUGUCGCCGUGCUGACCGUCAAAGUCGUGUCAAGCCCCUCAGCAACAGCAUCUGGCGCGCGGCCGUCCAUAUCCACUGUCCCGUGGUGGUCUCUCAGCGCGACGCUCCUCCUCACUUCAUUAGCGCUAUCAAGUUCCCUGCUGCUGUCACCGUCAGCAUAGACUGCCCUUGCCUCAAUUUCUCGCUAGUUCAAGCUUUAUAUACGCCCGCACUUCCGCACUAUCGCCCUGGGGGCGCACCCUACGGAAGUCAACGCAUACGUACCAUCCCCCACAAGCCACUCCGGACCUUCCUAGCUACUUGCUUCAACCACGUUCAUGCACAUGGAGGACCGUCACGCCCGCCGCGGCGCCGUUACCUUUGCUCUGCUCUAUACCCGGACAGUUGCACUCGCCUAGACUUCGAUCCACGACGGUUUGCAGCGGUACCCGUCAGCUGGCUCCUCGCGCUACCUUCUCGAUCUCCGCUUUCUUGUCGCAUUCAGUCACUUAUUGAUCUCCCACCCACGACCUCUCAUGACGUACUCUGCCUGUAUACAACGGACGCCCGAUUUUGGGAAUUGCUCUGAUAGUGGAAGCGAGUCGCUGUGCGUCUCGCGAGUCUGGCUCACACAAGGCAUGCACGGGUCACAAAGUAAGAGGUCUGGUAUCGGUGCUGGGUGUCGUAUGGGCUCGGUCCGGAUUGGACGCCGGCAACCAUAAGCUGUGUCCUACUGUAUUGCCAUUUCCAAAGACAGAUAAGCAUCGCGAUCCCACCACCUGUCAAGAGGUUGAUUACAUGGCUGGACCU